GUUCGGGAUCCGAAUGCCGGCGGGAAGGAGCUGGUCCCAGCCCCUCUCCUCUGGCCACCGAGGCACCCCGAGGCGCAUCACGCCUCCUUCUCCUCGGGGAUUGGCUCUGACUUCCCAGGGUCUUAGCCUCCGACUCACACCCACUGCCCAGACCCAGCGAUUCCACCUCCCUCUCCCAUGUCUGCCCACAGCCACCCUGAAGCCCCAGGGGUCCGUGGCUCAGCAUCUGACCACCGCAGGCAGCCUGGAGUCCGAGGGUGAGUGGUCAGCAGCUGUGGAAGUGCCCACAGGGAAAAUGGAGACGUACGAUGAGAGCAUUUCAAGUUGCUGGGAAGGCUACCAGGAUGUUAUGGAGGAUAUCAAAGAAGACUGGUGCGACUGGGCCAUCAUUAGCAGGCCUUACAGCGACCUGCAGGAAUGCUUGGAAAUAGAAGCGGAACGCUUUGGCCUGGGCUUCCCCAAUCCCUCGGCGGAACAGAUCAUCUUUAAGACUCACCAGACCCACUUUGCCAACUGCAGCCUGGAGGAGACCACCUUCUCAGACCCCCCGGAGGAUGUGCUCCUGGCCAUGAUCAUAGCCCCCAUCUGCCUCAUCCCGUUCCUGGUCACCCUUGUGGUGUGGAAGAGUAAAGACAGCGAAGCCCGGGCCUAGGGUGGCAUAAGUUUCUCAGCAGCCACCCCUCCCUUCCCUGCCACCCCCAGGUCUCCCUGCCCAUCUCCCUACCCCCUUCUCUCGCCUCACUGCACACAGAGCCUGAGACUGGGGGAAUGGAGCUGGGUAGGGUCAGGGCACCAGUUCUGCAAUUUUCAAAAUAAAAGGUUUCUUUUGUACACCGUCCUCCUCCCUAUCCCAGUGGGGCCUGUGUCCCUCCCAGAACCUGUCAUGUCCACAGACCCCCAGCUCUGGGCAACAGAGCCGCAAGAAUCUGAUAGCCCCACUGUUUUGUUUACUUACUGGCCCCCACAGCCCUCCGCCGGCACCCCCCUCCCCACCACCACCUGAAGGCUGAACUCCUACAUUCCUUCCUCCCAAGGUGGGGCCUUUCCUGCCCCUAUCCAAA